AUGGAUGAGGUCGGCGUCCUUCCCGCACGCACCAAAUCCACGCGUUCUCGCACCCGAGACGGCCAUCGAGAACGCUCCCUCUCGAAGCCUUCCAAACCUCCCACCGCCCCUCUGCCGAGUAUACCUGUGUCGGGCUCGAAAUCGAGAUCAAGCUCGACGCCUCGCAGCGCGCGGCCGGCCCUCACGACGCGAGCGAGCUCAGCUGUUCUUGGAGCCGCAGCAAAAGAUCCCGCAUUCCCCCCCCCCGACGAUAUUCCGUAUGGCCGUCGCGAACGGCUAGGGUCCAUUCAAGACGAUAUAUUCCUCAGGAGUUACCAAUCGCCCCUCUCUGCAGCUUUGGCUAAAGAAGAGAAAUCGUUUCCCCAAUUGGAGCCUGUAUGUGGGGAAGAUGCUCCCGAUGACUCGAGUCCAACAUCGCCUGGUAGCCCCUCUGUCGACAAUUCCGUGUAUCUUCCUCCCCAGUCGAGAAGCGGAAUGUCUGAUAUCAAUAUUGCCGUUAUUGGGAGCUCUGGAGUAGGGAAGAGUACACUUAUCCAACGUGCACUCGGCCUACGGGCUCUUCCAGUAUCCAUUGCUUCAAGUCUUCGGAUGUCGGUGGACAAUGUGGAAUAUACCGUUAGUCUAAUAGAACUAGACCUCGAUGCAUUCGAUAUUGUGCCCGACCGGCGCAUAGAGUGGCCGAAACAGAUAAAUGGCCACAUAGUGCCCCGCAUGGAUGGAGCUCUACUCCUCUAUGAUGUUAUGAAUCGGGAGACUAUUGCGGCACUACCGCAGACUUUAAACGGCCUGGUGAAAUCCUCUUUGCCAACGAUCCUCGUCUCCUGCAAAUGUGACAAUCCUAGUAAUACUCGGCAAAUCGAUGCUGAUAGUAUGGAAUCUGCCUGUCCAGCGAAUGUCGAGGCUGUGAAAACUGCUGCGAACGUGCCUGAAAGUGCAAGGUUGUGCCUAUCUUCUAUGCUUCGGGCUAUUAUGGCAAACAGAAAUGCUACCAAUCCACCUCUCGAAAUGCCUGGCGCCCGUCGCCGAGCUACCUCAUCAGCACACCUCGAGACACCGGCUAAUCCCGCGACUGAAAGACCUCUCAGCCAGCACUCUAAACAUAGCCGUGCAAGUUCAGACUAUUCCCUCCUUCGCGGUUUCCCCUCGCCACCCCCAGGUUCUUCUCGAGGGCCACCUCCAUUAUCACGGCCCAAUGGACGAACAAAUCUUCAUCACCAAUUUACCCUCCCAGAUCCGCACGAAGCACCACCCCUUUCAGCGCACCCCGCCUUCCGAAAUGAUAAUUCCCAAAAUUCCGAUCCAAAUAAUAAACUAUUACCGAGUCAAAGGCGUUCACCGUUACCAUCACCUGGAAGAUCAGGAAACAGCUCCUUCCUUGAUAUGGAGGAGUCUGAUGCCGAGUCGGCGUAUUGUUAUUCUGACGAUAUCCCGAUAUUACAGCGGAACGACGAUAGCUUCUUCGACAAGCCAGCAAAGGUUGCCGGCGUAACUUUUGAGGACCUUGUUGACCGACUUCUAGGUCAACAUAUGUCCAGGGCUGAUAGCAACUUCUCGGACAUUUUCCUCUGUCUAUACAGGAAAUUUGCAGCUCCUGGUGAGUUGUUUGCAGCUAUACUAAACCGCCUGGAGCGGAUUGCAGAUGAUAAGAAUACUCAUUACCUUACGCGUACGGCCACCCAGCUACGGAUCAUCACGGUACUUGCCAAGUGGGUAUCGAGCUAUCCAGGGGACUUCGCUAGUCCCUCAACGAGCCGGAAUCUUGAUAAUUUUAUUAAUCACUUAUCCAGCGAGCCUAUUUUUGCCGCUGCCGCUCAGACUAUGCGAGCACAGCUUCAAUCUCGUGUAGUUGAGGACGACGACACGGGAUGGGCCCGAACUGAUGCAGAUGUGGAAAGCGAAACCACCAGCAUAGCGGAAUCUGCUCCAGCUUCACCAGGCAUGCGGAAGACUUCCGCCAAAAGUGAAUUGGAGGAAGAUGUCAGCAACCUACAUAUUGAUGAGCAUAAUGAGGAAUUGGAACGGUUAAAGUCAAGAACUGAAUCCUCGGGAUCAGCUCGUUUUGGCUCUCCAAAUCGAUCAUCAUUUUCGCCAUCUUUCCAUACAGUUGAGGACUAUGAGAGGGAAGCAGCCACGAUGGUACCCAGAGCUACCCUUCCGCUCAACAAAAACCGCUUUCGCAUCUUUACGAAUAUCCCCGACGAUGAUAUCGCAGACGAAAUGACCAGGAUUGACUGGGUUAUGUUUUCCUCCAUCCGACUUCGAGAUCUCGUCCGCCACGUUAGUCUACCCUUGGAACAAAAAGAAAAAUGCAAGAGCCUCGCAAAUGUCAAUCGGAUGAUCAACCACUUUAACCAUAUCGCUCACUGGGUCGCCAACAUGAUCCUUAUACGAGAGAAAGCCAAGCACCGGGCUAUAAUGCUUGAAAAGUUUAUGGUCAUUGCUUUGAAACUGAGACAGCUGAACAAUUAUAACGGCCUUGCCGCUGUGCUAGCCGGUAUCAACGGAACUGCCAUCCAUCGUCUAGCCCAGACGAGGGUACUCGUCCCAGCAGAUGUACAAAAACGUUUUGCCAGGCUUGUUCUGCUGAUGGCCAGCCAGAAGAGUCACUUUGCUUAUCGUUUGGCAUGGGAAAAUUCCCCCUUACCCCGGAUCCCGUUCAUCCCCCUACACCGACGCGAUCUUGUAUCUGCUGAAGAGGGCAGCAAGACAUUCGUCGGCGCCAACGGGGAGCGAAUCAACUGGAAAAAGUUCGAGGUGCUUUCCGAAGUCAUCUUACCCAUUAUGAAGAGCCAAGUAGUACCGUAUCCAAACCUCACGAGAAAUGAUAAUGCGCGAGAGAUAAUCCUGGAUUGUAGGAUGUCUGUCGAUGACGAGGAUAUAUAUCAGCUAAGUCUCCAAGUGGAAAGUUCGGGUGGAGCUAUGGACUUCUCGAAGAAGAAAUUCCCGUGGUUUCAGAAAUAA